UCCACAUUGGUCUCCUCAGCAACGCAAAACACCGCUCCACCAAACACCAGAGAUACCCGCGCAACACCUUACCGCGCACCCCAGCCGCGUUUCCGGGACCUUGGACCUCCUCACAUAUCACAUAAUCCCAAUUAACCGUCCCGCGAGGCAAACGGCUCUGCAAGAUGGACGGCAUCGAGCUGAGAGAUGAGGCCGUUCGCGACCGCAUCAGAGCGGCUGAGGAGUUUUUGGAUCCUACCGACCUUCGCGCGCGCAGCUACCGGGCGGAAAUCACGCUUAUGCUCAAUCGUGGACUGAGGAGACUGAAGGUCAGCUUGGACGAAAUCAGAGCGCACAACAGGGAGCUUUCCGAUGGACUGCUCAACCAGCCUUUCGAAUACUCCAUGGCCUUUGAUCGCGCUCUCAAGAAUGUCGUCUCGACAUUGCCGAACCGGCCGCCAAAGGAAACUGCUGAUGAAAUUAUGUACUACUGCGCAUACUACGGCAGCUUCGGAGAAUUCUCCUGCAAUCCCCGCACACUGAGCUCUCAACACCUGAACCACAUGGUCUCCCUCGAGGGUAUUGUGACCAAGUGCUCGCUCGUCAGGCCUAAGGUUGUCAGGAGCGUACAUUAUAACGAGGCCAAGAAUAUUUUCCAGUUCAGGGAUUACAGGGAUCAAACUAUGACCAUGGGCGCAGCUAGUACAAGCGUUUAUCCCACAGAGGAUGAGGAGGGCAAUCCGCUAGUCACUGAAUACGGUUACUGCAACUACCGUGAUCACCAGACGAUUUCGAUACAAGAGAUGCCCGAGAGAGCACCUGCUGGACAGCUGCCUCGUGGCGUUGACGUGGUUCUGGACGACGACCUCGUGGACAGCGUAAAGCCCGGUGAUAGGAUCCAGCUCGUCGGUACUUACAGAUCUCUCGGAAACCGCAACGCCGGCAAUGCUAGCUCCACAUUCCGCACUCUCAUUCUCGCCAACAACAUCAUUCUUCUUUCCUCCAAGUCGGGCGGAGGUAUCGCGCAAGCAACCAUUACCGACACGGAUAUCCGCAACAUCAACAAAGUCUCCAAGAACAGGAAGGUUUUUGAACUCCUGUCGCAAUCUCUUGCGCCGAGUAUCUACGGCCAUGAUUACAUCAAGAAGGCUAUUCUGCUCAUGUUGUUGGGUGGUAUGGAGAAGAACCUGGACAAUGGUACCCAUCUGAGAGGUGAUAUCAACAUCUUGAUGGUUGGUGACCCGUCAACGGCCAAAUCUCAACUCCUUCGCUUCGUUCUCAACACUGCGCCUCUCGCCAUUGCUACAACCGGUAGGGGCUCUUCAGGUGUCGGUCUUACUGCAGCUGUCACUUCGGACAAGGAAACUGGCGAACGCCGCCUUGAAGCUGGUGCUAUGGUUCUCGGUGACCGCGGUGUCGUCUGUAUUGAUGAAUUUGACAAGAUGAGCGAUGUUGAUCGUGUCGCCAUUCACGAAGUCAUGGAGCAGCAGACCGUCACCAUCGCCAAGGCCGGUAUCCACACUUCGCUGAACGCGCGCUGCAGUGUCAUUGCUGCAGCCAACCCGAUCUACGGACAGUACGACACGCACAAGGACCCCCACCGCAACAUCGCCCUCCCCGAUUCCCUUCUCUCGCGUUUCGAUUUGCUGUUCGUUGUCACAGACGACAUCGAGGAUGUCCGGGACCGUCAAGUUUCGGAGCACGUCCUGCGUAUGCACCGUUACAGGCAGCCUGGCACUGAGGAGGGUGCGCCUGUCCGCGAGCAGGGCACGCAAACUCUGGGCGUUGGACUUGACGAGGACGCGGAUGCAAACCGGCCCACAGAAGUGUAUGAAAAGUUCAAUGUCAUGCUGCACGCAGGUGUCACGGUCACGGUUGGCCGCGGCUCGGCGCGUCGCAUCGAAGUUCUCAGCAUCCCCUUCAUCAAGAAGUACAUUCAGUACGCCAAGUCUCGUAUCAAGCCAGUACUCACCAAAGGCGCGGCGGACCACAUUGUUGCCACGUACUCGGCGCUCCGUAACGACGAGAUGGAGAGCAACCAGCGCAAGACGUCUCCUAUGACGGCGCGUACUCUGGAGACCCUCAUUCGUCUUGCUACUGCGCAUGCCAAAGCUCGGUUGUCCAACCGCGUCGACUCAAAGGAUGCCGAGGUCGCAGAGAGCAUCUUGCGGUUUGCCCUGUUCAAGGAGGUUGUUGAAGACGAGCGCCGCAAGCGCAGGAGGGUCACCCGCGACACGGACGCUAUGUCGACCGACUCGGGCGACAGCUCCGAUGAUGACGGCGACGACACGCAAAUAACGCGCCAGACGCCGCGCACGCCACGUAGGACAGGCGGCCCCGCCACGAGGAGCAGCGGUCCAGCCGCCACCGAGGGCACCAAUGGCGCUCCCGCCGAAGACGACGACGAAGACCUCUACACACAGACGCCGCGCACACAGCGCACACGCGGAAGCCGCACUACAGGCACGCAAGGCCAGUCAUCGCAGUACUCGAUGGCGUCGUCGCAGCCUGCGUCGCAGCUGCUGGGCUCCGAGACGACGGGCCAGGACGAGUCGCAAUCUCAGGAGCAGGAACAAGCACAGGCGCACACCACCGAAGGCGCGGCAGAGAUCUCGCCUGCGCGCGUGCAAGCGUUCCAGACGGCAUUGGGACAGCUGAUUGACGGUCCGUUAUUCGCGAACGAUGCCGCGGACGUGGAACCGCUUGUUGCGGCGGUGAAUGCGAGAUUGAGGGGUGGAGAGGCGGCGUUUGAAGCUGCGGAGGCGGAGCAGGCGCUCGAGACGCUGAGUGAACGGAAUAAGAUUAUGUAUUCCGGCGGGAUUGUGUACAAGAUUUAGGGAGGGUAAGGUACUGGAGCUGUAGGAGGUGGGGUUGGGGAAGAUGGGCGCGGGUUUUGAAAAGGCACUGGAUGGGGAGUUUGAGGUGUGUAUGGUUACGCUAUGGGUGCGUGGGUAUAUCAGCUGUUGUGCGUUUCACGCAUUGAAUUGAAUGUAGUCGUUAGAUACGAAUAUGGAGUCCUUGUUGCAG